AUUGUUCUCCUCCGAGAUCGCCAGCGGCGCACGCUCCUCAGGUCACUGCCCAACUGGAGAACAGGGAAUUAUGGGAGAAGUUUAACACUGUAGGAACAGAGAUGAUACUCACCAAGAAUGGAAGGCGGAUGUUCCCGGAGUUUUCCGUUUCCCUAUCCGGGCUGGACCCGCACGGUCUCUACUGUCUCUGUGUUCAGGCCGUCCCCGAUGGUGAGAACCGUUACAAGUGGCGUGAGGGGGCCUGGAAUAUGAGCGGCAGAGCCGAGCCAGGACCCCCCACCCGCCUCUACCUCCACCCUGAAUGCCCAGCCCCCGGUCACCGAUGGAUGGAGAGACCCAUCUGCUUCAACAAGAUCCGGCUGACCAACAACACGCUGAGCCAGGGAGGACAGAUCGUCCUGCAGUCCAUGCACCGUUACUCCCUGCGACUAUAUGUCAUCCCCACCUCCAAUAACGGACCCCACGCACGGCCCGCCAUCACCAUAGCCUUCCCCGAGACGUCCUUCAUAGCCGUCACCAGCUAUCAGAACCCCAAGCUCUCCUUGUUGAAAAUAGAAGAAAAUCCAUUUGCAAAAGGAAUCAAAUAUUUCAAGAGUCAACAGGAACACAACACUCCGAGAAAGAGGCAGAACAGACCAGGAAAGGAUGAAGCUGGGUCCCCAGGCUGUAAGAGACAGAGCGCUGCCGAGUUAACAAUGUCUCCAAGAGACAGCACAGAGAAGAGACCGCUUGUGUUAGAUGUGAACACAGAAGAGAAAAAUGAGAGACUGCAUGUGUCAGAAGAGAUAACAGUGAAGGAAGAGAAACAGGAGGACGCAGAAGAGAGACAGACACCUGGAACGGAGAGCCCCGGGGACAUCAGGAAUACGACAGACACCUCAUGCCCUGAACACACAGAGGAGAGCUCCCACAGAAUGGACAGUCUAGUGCAGUGGGACCCCAUAACACAGAGACCGGUGUGGGCAGCACCGUCCGCCAUAUCUCCAAUGACGGCCUAUAGCGCCCCCACCUGUCACAGAUUCGCUCAUCCGCCUCCUUCUGCUUUGGCUCCAUUUCCUUCCCCGAUCUCUAAUUUGCCCCCUGUGACUCCCUAUUUUAUGGCCUCCUGGACCCCUCCACCAGUUAGACUGAGUUACCCACUUUCUGCACUGCACCCACCGUUCAUGCAGCAGAUGUGCACGUCCCCCUGGUACCUGCCCCCACACGCCACCUCCAGGGGCCUCUGAUGUCAGAAGCAGGUGUCCAGGUGACAUGGUGCCUGAGGUGAGCAGAGCCGAGAGACUGGCAGAACAGACCGCCAAGCAGGAUAGGGGCUGCAGCGAUGCUCUGCAGCAGGACUUGGACCACGCGAUGCGCUGCAGAAGGACAUGGACCAAGAGUUGCUGUGCAGCAGGACAUAAACGAGAUGAUGCUCUGGAAGCACAACAUGAACAGGAGGAUGCUCUGCAGCAGGAGAUUAAUGAGAUGAUGCUCUGCAGCAGGUCCUGAUCCCGACAAUGCUCUGCAGCAGGACAUGACCCAGACAAUGCUCUGCAGCGACCGGCCGGCUGAGAGAUGCUACAUGGACCUGGCUGAGGAGCAUAUCCUCCCACAAGGU